CUCCCACUGUGUCUAUUUAAAAGGCAGAGAAUUGCAGAAGAGAGUUUGAGACCUCCCAGAACAACAGCUCGGACCCGGGGCCACAAGGACAAGGGUGUCACACAGGUGUUGAGAAGACCCAACCAUGGACACAAAAGAUGACCACCUAUUGUCAUCAGGAAUUCCCUAUGUUUUCCGUAUCCAAGAUUUCAACCAGCAAGUUUUGGCCCUGAAGAAUAACACUCUCAUAGCAACACCACACAGUGAUCACGUGACUCCUGUCUUUUUGGAAUCGAUGCCAUGUAGAGACAAAGAGUACCUUGUGACAGACAAAGGAACAGCUAUUUAUCUGGGAAUACAGAACAAAGAACUCUGUUUGUUCUGUGAAGAAAGUGGAGGGCAGCCCAUCUUGAAAAUGCAGGGUAAUAACGUAAUGGCCCUGUACUCUUCAGUGAAAGCACAGAAACCUUUUGUCUUUUACCAAAAUCAGGCUAAUAACACAUCAACCUUUGAGUCAGCUGCAUGUCCUGGAUGGUUCAUCUGUACCUCAAACGAGAAAGACCGACCCGUCACAAUGACGCAAAACAGAGGGACAAAGUAUAAUACAGACUUUUAUUUAACAUCCAUGAGCUGAGUUUGGGAUGGGCAACCUCAGCAGCAAAAGAACCUGACCUUGCUGUAAAGUAGGGACUCUCAACCUUUUCUUUCCUUUUUUUUUUUUUUAAAUGUCAUGGAGUCCUCUGGUAUUCUGGCAAAGCUUAUGGAUGCACAUGAA